GCCGGGGGGAGCGGAGCCUGCUCGACCGCCCGCUGCUGCCGCGGGGCCGGGCGGGGGGGCGGAGAAGAGCCACGGAGCGUGGGGCCCGCCCGCGGAGCCGCUAUAAAGCGGCGGCCGGGGCCGAGCUGAGCCGGUCGGCGCCCCGCGCGAUGGCGAGCCCGUCGCGGUGGCUGGAGGAGGGCGCCGGGCGCUGGUCGCCGCGGCCGCCCGGGCCGUACAGCGAGGCGCAGCGGCUGGCGCUGGAGGAGCUGGUGGCGGGCGGCCCCGAGGCGCUGCGCGCCUUCCUGCGGCGGGAGCAGCUGCCGCCGUUCCUCUCGGAGCCCGAGGUGCAGGCGAUCGCGCGGGGCGCGCUGCCGCCUGCCGCGGCCCCGGAGCCGGCGGCCGAGCCCUUCGCCGGCGCCUCCCUCGACGCCUCGUCGCUCACCUACUUCCCCGAGCGCUCGGACGUGGAGCCGCCCGCCCUGGAGCUGGGCUGGCCGGGCUUCGCCAGCGGCGCCUUCCGCGGGCUCACGCGGGUCGAGGCGCACUUCCAGCCCGGCUGCGGGGACAGCAUCUACGGCUGCAAGGAGGCGGUGCGGCGCCAGAUCCGCUCCGCGCGGCAGAUGAUUGCCCUGGUGAUGGAUUCCUUCACAGACACUGAUAUCUUCAAAGAUCUCUUGGAAGCUUGUAGCCAGCGGCAAGUUAAAGCCUAUAUCCUUCUAGAUCAGUCUUCAUUUUCCCACUUUCUAAAAAUGUGCAAGGAUCUGGGAGUUGACCUUGAACAGGAAAAGUUGAUGAGAAUUCGAAAUAUCACGGGGAAUAUAUACUACACAAGGUCGGGUGCCAAAAUUGUUGGAAAAGUCCGUGAGAAGUUCAUGUUAAUUGAUGGCAUUAGAGUGACAACAGGCUCCUACAGUUUCACGUGGACAGAUGGGAAGCUGAACAGCAGUAACAUUUUGAUCCUGUCAGGUCCUGCAGUUGCACACUUUGACCUGGAAUUUCGGAUUCUUUAUGCACGGUCAAAGCCUAUCAACCUCAAAGAGUUAUCCAGCUGCAGGAAGAAUAAGGUGUUGGACCAGGUGGUCAGUAUAACAGUGGCUUCCAGAGACUUGACCAGAAUGGAGUUUUUGUAUCUUAGAGCAUUUGUAGGGAAUCUCAAAAGGAAGCGAAACUGGCUGCAUGCCUCGAGGGAGGCCGUCUACGUGUCAAAUAAUGCAAUGCAUGCCUCUCCUCCACUGACUAAGAGGAAUGGUUCCCUAGUUAUGAGGCCACACUGGAUCAUAGAGAGAUGAAUUGCACGUUCACUCAGUGGGAGAAGCAGAACCUCAGGAACCACAUCCAGUUGUCCAUGUCCAGUGCUGUCUCACAGAAUGUCCGUGAGAGCAGCUGGGAAACAAACCUUGAACUGAGAGAAGUGAUCCUGGCAUUGUGGGUUCGUUCAAAGACCACUAUAAUGCAGAUCAACACAUGCAGUUAGGGUAUUGUCUUCAGCUCAGAUGUGUUUUUGGAAAAGAAACAAAACCCCUCUUAACACCUGGAAAGCCAUUAUUGACUUCUAGUAUCUGUCUUCUGUCAGAUUUUAAUUUUUCAGCCAUUCUCACAUGUAUUCAGCUGAUGGGUUACCAGUGGCUUAGCUCAGUAACUCAAAUCUUUUUUUAAAGUAAUUUAGGUGUAGGAAAUAUGUUGCUUAAAAGUCUUCCAAAGAUGAAUAGCAGGACUGCUGCACGGCACUGGAAUCAGUCCUGUGUGGCACAAGCUCCCUAUGAAUGUUUUAAUGACACAGAACUGAAGCAGAGUAACCAUAGCCUAGAAACAGGUAAAUCAGUACCAUGUUACUGGUCCUCAAAUGUUACAUUAUCUUUAUGCGAGGCUGUGCUGCCUGGCGGGAUGAGGUAACACAGGUGAACAAGGGUUUUGAUUGAAUUCCAAAUGACCUUUUCUUAAUUAUAAGAAUGCUUGGCUUGCUGGACAUCCUGCAAUAAAUAUCUAUCUAAAUGGACACAUAUUUUUAGAAAAAAAACCACCAAACCCUUUCUUAACACCUGGAAAGCCAUUAUUGACUUCUAGUCAAUAUCUAGUCUACCUAAAUAGAUAUUUAGAAAAAUUUAGAUAAAAAUCAAUAAAUGAAUAUCUAAAGUAUUUAUUAGUUGAGUAGACCUGAAAUUUGUGAAGCUGCUGCUGCUUCUCAAAAGCCUUACUUCAACCAGACAUGCAAUAAUGUAAAAAUCAGCAAUAGAACCAUUUAUUCUCAAGGUUUCAUGCAAGUUCGGUUUUUUUUUUUUUUUUUAAUCAGUUUGUAGAGAAAACCAAAAAUCCCAAAUGAAUAGGCUAUCUGUAUCCUCCCAGGCAGCUGUGCAUGCAGGCACUGAAGUCCCAGCAGCCUGCUAGUGCAGAAACUUGUCAGUCCAACUAACGAGUGGCAGCUGUAGCAAAAGCAAAGGCACACUGUUCCUCAGGUUGCUCUUGAGGCUCUUGCUACUGCAAAAAACUCAGGUAUAUGCUUGCAUAAGUGUUGUGUGGGUUCUAAGCUUCAAAAGGGAAGGUUAAAACUUAGCUGGGGCACUUCAUACGCAACUCUGCUAAAUCUCACCAGGAUAACGUUAAACUGGAAACGUUGAGCUCACAGAAACGGUUUUUUGGACACUGCAAUGAUGUACUGGUUAGGUUAUGACUAAUCUGCACCCCUUUUCUUCUGCACUUAAUGCUCAUGGAAAUGUAAUAGUUCUGACUCUCCUAAUUUGUAAAUGUUCAAUAGUUUAUAGUUCAAUAGUCUUGACUUUCAUCCAGAUGUAAAGAAGUUUGAAAUAUAUGUAUUUUUAUUCUUAACUGUGUUUUUCACAAACCAAACCUAUACAAUGUUGUACUCUAUGCAGAAUAUUGUUUUUGCAAUCCUAUUUUCACAAUAAUUACCUGUAUAUGUUUUCUCAACUGUAAGUUUUUAUCAUUCAUCUCAUCAUUUAACAGGUAACUCCACGUGCCAUUAGUAGGACUUUUUCUCAAUAGUUGCUUAAUAUCUUGAUGAUACAAAAUAGUGUGAUAAGUUGUGUUUAUUUCUGAUAGAGUGGACUUAAUCUAGCUAUAAAUUUCAAUGUGUUUUUUCAGAAUUUUAAGAAUGUCUUUAAUUCUAACUGAAUAACCUCUUUCUCAAGUGAUACCUAGACUUGACUUAAAAAGUGGCGGUGGAGGUACAGCAUUGGGAAGUGUGGUUUUGUGUUAAUCCACAACUGCACUGCUACUGUGUCCAGUCAUUCUCGAAGAAGGCGAGUGAUUAAUAAGUAUACAAAAUGUGUUUAUUUUCCAUGAGCAUUAAUUUUGACAGCAUUACUAAACUUACUGGAAGCCGUUUCUUUCUUUUUUUUUACUCCAGCCUAUACUUAAUUAACUCAAAAUUUACAUUCAAUUUGAUCCACCAGCCAC